AUGGGGAAUCUGUUCGGGAAAAAGAAACAAAGUCGCGUGACGGAGCAAGAUAAGGCCGUUUUGCAACUGAAGCAGCAACGAGACAAACUGAGGCAGUACCAGAAGAAGAUCGGCCUGCAGCUGGAGAAGGAGCGACUUCUUGCCAAGCGGCUGCUGAAAGAUGGCCGAAAAGACAAAGCGCUGCUGCUGCUGAAGAAGAAGCGCUAUCAGGAGCAGCUGCUGGACAAGACGGACAACCAGAUCAGCAACCUGGAGCGAAUGGUCCAGGACCUGGAGUUCGCCCAGAUCGAGAAGAAGGUCGUCGACGGCCUCCGAGUCGGGAACGAGUGUCUGAAGAAAAUGCACGAGGCCAUGUCCGUCGAAGAAGUUGAGCGCAUCUUGGAUGAGACGCAGGACGCCGUCGAGUAUCAGCGGCAAAUCGACGAGAUGUUGUCGGGCUCGUUGACCCAAGAGGACGAAGAAGCCGUUUUGGCCGAGCUGGAGGCCAUCACUCAGGGAGACGUCCAGCUUCCCGAGGUCCCUUCGGACCCGCUCCCGGACGCUCCCGAGGCCGCCGGGGACCGAGCAGGUUCGUUGUCUUUUGUGGUCCUCAUCGGCGCCACCUGCAGGAAUGAAACGCGAGCAAAGUCCACUUAA